CAAAGGUACGCCGGGGAUAACAGGCUGAAGAUCUCUUAUCGACGGAGUCGUUUGGCACCUCGAUGUCGACUCAUCACAUCCUGGGGUUGAAGAAGGUCCCAAGGGUUCGGUUGUUCGCCGAUUCAAGUGGUAUGUGAGUUGGGUUUAGAACGUCGUGAGACAGUUCGGUUCCGAAACCUAAGCUUUACCUGGAUUGAACUUAUUUGAAUUUAUUGAAACUUACUUCGUACUCCGUAUUAAACUUGAUAAAGUCAACUUUAAGACAUGAUUGCUAUUUAUCUGUAACUUAUUUAACUUGAACAUAAAACUUUUUAAUUUUUUUAAUGAUAAACGACUUGUUCUUCGGUUGACUUUCAUAUUGCUGUUUAUAAACGUCUGGUAGGGCGGCUUAAAAGGCAUCUCUAAAAUGAUUUGAGUUUGUUCUCUUAUCAACUUAUUUUUUAAAAGCACAUUCUUCAUUUAAUUCAACAAUUGUUUAUUGUCGCAUUCUUAACAGAAUUAGUUUAUAUGUAAGUUGUUGGUGAAAUGGGUGACAAAUGCUUUAGUUUCAAUAUUAUUCAACUGAUGAUGAUGAACUCUGUAACGUUUGCUUCUCUUUGUUGCCUUUCUCUUCUUGCCUUCUUCCCACUUGUCAUCUAUGCUGCUCCAACCUUGUUGUUUCAGGGAUUCAAUUGGGAGUCAUGUAAUAAACAAGGAGGUCUGUACAACUUUCUUAACAGCUCCAUUGAUGAUCUAGUUUUAGCAGGAGUUACACAUGUUUGGCUUCCUCCCCCAAGCCAUUCCGUUGCUCCUCAGGGGUAUUUGCCUGGAAGAUUAUAUGAUCUAAAUGCUUCUCAAUACGGAAACGAGCCCCAACUAAAGACAUUAAUCAACACCUUUCACAAAAGGGGAAUCAAAUGCAUUGCUGAUAUAGUAAUAAACCACAGAUGUGCAGACUACAGAGAUGGAAGAGGGAUAUACUGUAUAUUCGAAGGAGGAACUUCAGAUGAUCGUCUAGAUUGGGGUCCGUGGGCUAUUUGUAAAGACGACGUUCAGUAUUCAGAUGGUUCUGGCAACUUAGAUACAGGAGCUGCGUAUGAAGCUGCUCCAGAUAUCGAUCAUCUGAACUCAAGAGUACGAAAAGAGCUAUCAGAUUGGAUGAAUUGGUUGAAAAAUGAGAUUGGUUUCGAUGGAUGGAGGCUCGAUUAUGUGAGAGGGUAUGCACCUAGCAUUGCCAAGUUGUAUGUAAAGAAGGCUAAACCGAGCUUUGUCGUUGGAGAACUUUGGAAUUCUCUGUCUUAUGUAGGUGGUAAGCCGGCGUAUAAUCAAGAUGCUCAUAGAAAUGAGCUUGUUACAUGGGUUAAAAAGGCCGGUAAAGACAUGGUCACUGCAUUCGAUUUCACUACCAAAGGUAUCUUACAAGCUGCAGUUGAAGAUGAGUGGUGGAGGAUGAAGGAUUCGAGAGGGAGACCUAGUGGAAUGAUCGGUGUUUUGCCGCGCCAUGCCGUUACUUUCAUUGAUAACCAUGAUACUGGAUCUACUCAAAAUCUAUGGCCGUUCCCAUCCGAUAAAGUUAUGCAAGGAUAUGCUUAUAUACUUACUCAUCCCGGAAUUCCAUCAAUCUUCUACGAUCAUUUUCUCGAAUGGGGGCUGAAGGAUGAGAUUGUGAAGUUGGCUUCAAUUAGAGCGAAAAAUGGGAUAUGUGAGUCAAGUCAUGUGAAAAUAAUGGCAUCUGAUUCCAACCUUUAUGUUGCCAUGAUUGAUGGGAAGAUUAUUGUCAAGACUGGCUCAAGAUAUGAUGUUGGCAAUCUUGUUCCCUCAAAUUUUAAGAUUGCUACAUCAGGAAAAGAUUACUGUGUAUGGGAGAAGAAAUCUUAAUUGUACCAUGAACAUGAAAUAUCAUUGUGUCUUGUUAUGAUCUGUAUCACCAAUCACCAUAUGUAGUCAACUAUACUCUAUCUGAGAAUAAUAAUCGCAUUUUUAUGC